UUUUAGAGUGAAUAUUUUGAAAUUUUAUUGAAAGAAAUGUUCAAAUUCCUGAUUUUAAUCUGUCUAAUAAUCAAAACCCAUUCGUGGACUUGGGAAGAUUAUCCAUCACCUAGAGGUCCAAAUUAUUCGAAAUGUGGUGUUUCAAGGCCAAGCAAUGUUUGUGAUCCCGAUGGAAUGUUAACUGAUAAACAGAGGAAAGAAAUUGUUGAAUUGCCAAAAUCAAAGUAUCAAUAUAUGAGGGAAGGACUUGGACUUAUUGUAGCUUUGGCAAAAAAUAAAAUUGGUUAUGGGAAUAUUUCUACUGGACUAGAAUAUUUAUGCUCAACUGAUAACAAAUGGCAGUCAUCAGAUGAAACAACAUGCCAACCAAAUGUACAUGGCAUUGAAUUAAAUACAGAUGGUUUCCGUUAUUGCUAUUCGUUAAAUUGGUUAAUGAGCCUUCAUAGCAAAGAAUUUGAACAUCUCAACAAAUCAGAGAAUUAUUUACUCAACAGUAAUAAUUAUUUUGACGCACUGAAGAGUUAUAUUGAAGGCUUGCGCAUGCUUUACAACCACCGCUUCUCAAUCUUCGAUAAUCAUGAUGCUCCUAAUGAAGAUAACAUAACACUCUCAGAAGUGCACCAUUCCUUGCAAGAUACUAAGAAAACUUUAGCAGAAAUGCGGAAAUCACUUGAUCAACAGAACAAAACAUUGUCUGAUUUUCACAUAGCAAUGGAAGAGACUAACAAAAAAUUAUCCAAGAUGGAACAAUUAUUAAGACAAGAUCAAAUGAUUAGUGGAGAAGAUACAUCUAUGGAAGAAGAAAAGGAAGGAUGAUGAAGAAAAAUUAAAUAAAUUAUUAAACUUUUAAAUUUAUCUAAAUACAAUCGAAGUUCACUAUAUAAUACACUCUUAGUGCUAAAAAAUUUAAAGUUAUCUUAAAAAUGCAUAGGGAGGAGGGAGGUAGUUCGCUUAGGCUGUUCUCCUUUGCAAGCAAACUCCAAGUAAAGUAUAUUUAAAAAAGGUAUGCAGAGUCUUGGAGUUAUAGAAAGUCGCAGGAUUCGAACCUGCGACCUCCUCGUGUUUACCUCCUCGUUACGAUAUCCUCGUUACGAUACUUGUUCAUCUUCCAUGUUAAAAAUUGAAAUAUAAUAAUUUUAAAUUUUUUUAUUAUUGUGUAAGAUAAAUCAAUCUUGAAAGGUGAUUCAUUUAAAGUUAUUGGUUAAAUUUUCUUCGAAUUUUCUUGUAAGGUUGUGUCUCGUCCCCGUUUACCCACCGAUAAACAAUCUUAUUCCAACUGCAACAGCGAUGAAUUCUUUUUAGACCCUCCUGCUAAUGUCACGUCUUCCUUUUUUAUUUCCACUUUCCACGAACAUUUCC